AAGCGGCGCUGGCGGGGCUGAGGCCGCGGCGUGAAGCGGGUUAAAAGCCCCAGUCAGACGCAACUAAGAGGUCAGUGAAAUGUGAGAAUGGCCAAUUUAAGAAGUGAAGUGAGAAAUCUAUACAAAAACCUGCUGUACCUCGGAAGGGAGUAUCCCAAAGGAGCAGACUACUUCAGAAAGCGUUUGAAAGCAGCUUUUCUAAAAAAUAAAGAUGAGAAAGAUCCAGAGAAGAUCAAGCAGCUGAUUGCACGAGGAGAAUUUGUUAUAAAAGAGCUGGAAGCUUUGUACUUCCUCAGAAAAUACAGAGCUCUGAAACAGCGCUACUACAGUGAUGACGAUCAGUAACUGGUGCUAAUGACUUCCAUGUAAUGAUACAGAGCCUUAAAAAAUGAACAAUAAAAGCUGUAACCUAAAACCAAAUGAAACAUUAA